CCCUCCUCCGCACCACCACCUCCACACGCUCGCCGCUGUGGUACACGCUCCUGGCACGCCGCCAGCUCGCCGCCCGACCACCACAAGCGCACGCAGCAUGCAGCACGCCGGGCCCUCGUCACCGCCGCCCAAGGCGGAGCAGCAGGCCGCCGCCGCUGCUGCCGCCUCGGCUCGCACCCGUGCCGCCGGCCAGCGCGGCUUCGCCGGGUACACGCCCAGCACCCAUCACUCGCUUGCCGACGCGCACGACGCCGCCUGGGAGCGCGACUCGGGCGCCGCCGCGCCGCAGCCGCCGGCGCCGGCACCCGCGGCCGAGGCGGGGCGGGCCGAGGACGAGGCGGAGGCAGACGCACAGGCCGCAGCCGGCGCCGCCGAGCGCAACCCGCAGGAGGAGCAGGACUGGAUGACGCAGAUGGUGCGCGAGCCAGAAGGGGCGCCGGCGCAGGACGACGAUGGCCGUGCGGCGGCCGAGGAGCAGCUGCAGCUGCAGCGCCGGCUAGAGGAAGAUGCCGCAACCUCCGCGGCAGCAGACGCGCAGAAUGCUGGGCUGGAGUUCCCCUCGACCUCCUCCGACGCCAUGGCGGCUGUCAUGCGCCUGGCACAGGCGGCGUCGUCCUACGAUGCGGCAGACGCGGGCGCUGCGGCUGAGCGCGCCGGCGAGUGGCCGAGCGCAGAGCAGGAGGGCAUGGCGGCCGGCGACGGCACGCAGGGCGAAGGCGAGCAGUCCAACAAGCGGCCGCUGAGCACGUCGAAGCGCGCCGCUCAGAACCGGGCGGCUCAGCGCGCCUUCCGCGAGCGUCGUGACAAGCGCGUCAAGGAGCUCGAGCUGCGCGACCAGCUUCUCCAGCCCACGCAGGAGUACGCUGCCGAGCUGCGGCUGCGCCUCGCGGAAACCAACAGCUACGCCCACCAGCUGCGCGAGAUGCUCCUCGCGCGCGGCGUCGCCGAGGAAGAGGUGCCGAGCCCGCCGACCUAUCCGGAGCUGCAGGCACCGCCGCUCGACAUCACUGAAGGCGAGGCGGCCGGCUCGCCAACAGGCGGCGAGGCUGGCCCGUCAAAGAAGCGGCGCAAGAGCGGCAAGACGAAGAGCCCGCAGAUGCAGCCCGAGUACGCGCACCACCCGGACGACGCAAGCAUGCUCGACCUGGCCGCUGCCGCUACGGCGCCGCACGCGCAGCACGAGACCGACGGGCUCGAGUGGCUCGAGCAGCACCACCCGCAGGCGCACGGCCACAUGCAGCACCAGGGCGCGGGCAACGAGGAGGCGCUCGACUCGCUCAGCGCCGUCGCCGUCGAGGCCGCUGCGGCUGCAGCGCACGCCGCUGCGCACGAGCAUGCGGCGCAGGACGAGGCGCAGGCGCGUGCCGAGAUGCUCGAGCACGAGGCGCAGCAUGGACAGGGCGAGCAGGAAAUGCAGGAGCCGCCGCAGCUCGAGGAGCCCGCCGAGCACGUGCUCGAGCAGCAUGCCGAGGACGACGAAGCGGCUGCAGCGCAGGCGGCCGGCAUGGCUGCGGCCUAGCUUCUGCCUCCUGCCCGCCACCCAGCUCUCUACGCCGCUCCACUCAGCGCCCGUCUGUCUCGUCGUCGCGCCGUACUCACCUGCGCUGCAUCUCGACACUCAUACCCCCGCCCCUGUCCCGCUUCUGCCGUCGAAAGCUGUACUUAUACGCACGCGUGACGCAUAGCAUUUGCCCAUCCGUGCUGCCCUCACUC